AUGGAGAAGAAACAAUCUCAGCAACAACAAGCAAUUGACCAGCACGACAACCACCUCCUCUUUACUUCAACCUCAACAGGAACCUCUCUUUCAGCUUUAUCACUACGUGCGCCUCAACAAGAUUCCAGAAGCAGCACCAGCACCACGAAUUGUUUUUCUUUCCAUGACUCUCACCACCACAUGAGAUCCAAAUACUUCACAAGAACUAGUACUACUGCAUGUGGUGGUGGUGGUGAUUGUUGUUCUGUUAUUCACCACCACAAGAAAGAAGGUUCUAUUCCAUCUGUAGCUACAAAUAGGUGUGUAUGUCGUGGAGGAGAUCCUGGUGCUGAAUCAUCUACAUUACUUUUAGAUUCCACCGCUUCAAGGAAGGAUCAAAUGAAAAACACAAAUGUUCGAUUGCAUGUGACUCACAAAGAAAUGUCUCGAUAUUUCAAUGCCUCUCAAAUAACUGCUGCUCGUCUCCUUGGAGUGAGUAUCUCAACUCUGAAGCGACGUUACAAGGAAGUGAGUAAUGGAAGUCGUUGGCCUUAUUCAAAGCUUUCCACUUCUGAAAAAAAGAAGAGUAUUUGGUUCUAUAUCAAUGAUGAAGAUGAGAAUGAGAAGUCCAUUUCCAAAGAGUGUCAACUCGUGUUAGCAAAAGCCUUUCAGAACUGCACAUUGCCUUCGACAUUCUACUUUUCAGAUUUGAGAAAACAGGAUCGAAGAGUGAUCUUUUACAAGUACAUUCCUGAACACUCGAACACAACAAAUCAAUCAACCUUGACGCACUAG